CCGAAACAGACAGCCCGUGUCUACGUCGGUGGAGGAAGUUUCUUUCAGAAAUAUUAUCCGGGGAUUGUGCAAGACGUGGGCGGCCAAGGAUGGACCUGAAGAUGCUGUUUCUCCUCGCUGGAGGGAUGUUAGUCUCUGCAAGCAGUGUUGACAAACAUCGUCUGGUUGCUGGUCUGUUUGAGAACUACGACAAACGUAUCGAACCCUUCGAUGAUGACUACCCACUGGACGUGAAGAUGGAUCUCACUCUUAUCGAGAUAAUGGACAUCGACGAGACAAAGCAAGUGAUGACGACACAUAGCUGGAUAACACUGAAAUGGGUGGAUGCAAGGUUGGCAUGGCAACCAGAACACUUUGGGGACGUGACUGACCUACGGAUCCCAUCCGACAUGAUAUGGACGCCUGACCUGACAUUAAAAAACACAGUAGAACUAAACAACCAACUUUUACCAGGCGGACAGAACAACGCCAUACUACUUUCAAGUGGAGAAGUCAUCUUGGUGUACCAAGCCAUCUUAAAAACGUCAUGUCGUGUCGACCUGUCGUACUUUCCAAUGGAUCAACAAAUGUGUCGGAUAAGUUUCCAUUCGUGGUCCUACACUGGCGAUAAACUUAAUGUCACAAAUGGUGCAGGAGAACCCGGUGAUUUAAAUGAGUAUAUAUCAAACAUGGAAUGGAUCCUAUUGUCAUACGAGAAGAGCCGAGACACUACAUUCUAUACAUGCUGCCCGGAGCCCUACAUCACAUUAAACUUCGACGUCGUUUUGAGACGGCGCCCCUGUUCUUCCUGGUCAAUCUCAUGAUGCCGUGUCUUGUCGUGACGCUGGUCGCUCUGCUGGGGCUCCUGGUGCCCAACGAAUCAGGGGAGAAGAUUACGAUUGGAAUCACGUCUCUGCUGGCAAUGAUAGUAUUGCUGCUUGUUAGUUCACAGUCAACGCCACCGACGUCGAUUGUGACCCCUCUUAUUGUUGUGUACUAUACAAUCAACAUCGUCAUUGUGUCUCUGAGUGUUGGUCUGGCCGUGUUCACUCUGAAUAUCCAUCACCGAGGGGCGAGAGGACACAGACCCCCACGGCUUGUCAAAACACUGUGUUUCGGUUUUCUUGCGAAGAUCCUCCUUGUCAAAGUAGACCUGCCAGAGUCUGCCAAGCUGGAAAUGAUACCAAAUCCUGCUAAUCAUCAGGCCAUGAAUGCAUACCAGCCAGCACCCACCCCGACAGAGGGACAACCUGGUGGAGGGAAUAACGUGGUGGAUGUUCUCAACCGACUGCUCCACACGGUAGAGAAGGCCAUGGACCUACACAAGAGGAGGAUCACAACACAAGACAGUCUUGACGAGGCUACAUAUGAGUGGAAACAGCUGGCCAUCGUUCUCGAACGCGCUCUGACGAUUAUAUUUCUCAUCGUCACUGUUUGUACGACGAUUGCAAUGUUCUCGUAGACCCCGGAAGCAGCAAGACCCCAUGGAACAGGUGGUUAAAGUGUUCGCUCGUCGGACUGCAGAUCUACCAUCUGUUCCAGAUAUGGGUGCGGCAUAGAGUAUGUUCUUCUAGACUUAAGAGCCCGGAUGUAGACCAGUGUUUAUAGUGUUUGCUGGGUUCGAU